UAAUACAGCAAAGUCAUGAAAAAGUAAAACUGGAAACUUCCAAACUGCAUCCUCAAAUUAUGUCACCUUUUCCUUCCAAAUUUUGGAAAAACCAGCUUCAAGUCAUAUUGUAUAAACGCUAAAGCUCAAAUUUUUUUGAUCUGGGUAGCCACUGUUCCUGCAGCCUCGAGCUCUAAAAAUCUGAAUCUGUGAACCUCUCACCUCAGAAUUCAAUUUAUCGUCUCUUUUCGUGAAGAUAUUUUGAACUUCUGUCCGAAUUUGCUCUCCAGCGCAGCAAGCAAUCAAUCAAAAUCCCAACUUGAUCCUCUUUUUCGGACCCAAUCACUGGUCAGAAAAAUGGGUUGCUGUGGAAGCAAAGAGCAAUCUCCACAAUCUGGUGCAAAAGGGUACUCGAGCACGACUGUCUCAGGGCAAAACCAAGCUUAUCAACAAGGACCUGCGGUUCAGACCCACAAGGUGUCCGCUCAAAUGCCUCAACCAAGACCACAGCAACAGCCAGCGAGCAAGCCUCCACCAAUGAGCAGUGCGGUUGCUCAAAAUACGGACAAUACAAUUCUGGGUAAGCCAUUUCAGGACAUUAAGCAACACUACACUCUUGGCAAGGAACUGGGUAGAGGUCAAUUUGGCAUCACGUAUCUUUGCACCGAGAAGUCUACUGGCCACAUUUAUGCCUGCAAAUCUAUACUGAAGAGAAAACUUGUGUCGAAAAGUGACAGGGAUGAUAUGAAAAGAGAGAUUCAGAUUAUGCAACAUCUCUCCGGUCAACCCAAUAUCGUUGAAUUCAGGGGUGCUUAUGAAGAUAGGUAUUCAGUUCAUGUGGUGAUGGAGCUUUGUGCUGGUGGGGAGUUAUUUGAUAGGAUCAUUGCCAAAGGUCAUUAUACUGAGAGAGCUGCUGCUUCCAUUUGCCGCGCGAUAGUCAACGUGGUCCACAUUUGUCACUUUAUGGGAGUUCUGCAUCGUGAUCUUAAGCCUGAGAAUUUCUUGUUGGCAAGCAAGGAUGAGGGAGCUAUGUUGAAGGCCACUGAUUUCGGGUUGUCCGUCUUCAUUGAGGAAGGAAAGGUGUAUCGUGAUAUAGUGGGUAGUGCUUACUAUGUUGCUCCUGAAGUACUGCAACGUAAAUAUGGAAAGGAGAUUGAUAUAUGGAGUGCUGGAGUUAUCUUAUACAUUCUUCUCAGUGGUGUGCCUCCAUUCUGGGCAGAAACCGAGAAGGGUAUUUUUAAUGCCAUACUGCAAGGAGAAAUUGAUUUCGUCAGUGACCCAUGGCCAUCAAUAUCAGAUGGUGCCAAGGAUCUCAUCAGGAAAAUGUUGACUCAGGAUCCUAAGAAGCGGAUCACCUCUGCCCAAGUCCUUGAACAUCCUUGGCUCAAAGAAGGCGGAGAAGCAUCAGACAAGCCAAUAGACAAUGCAGUUCUGUCCAGGAUGAAGCAAUUCAGGGCAAUGAAUGAGAUGAAGAAGCUUGCAUUGAAGGUAAUUGCAACAAAUUUCUCUGAAGAGGAUAUCAAAGGUCUUAAAGCCAUGUUUACGAACAUGGACACAGACAAUAGUGGCACAAUCACCUUUGAAGAGCUGAAGUCUGGUUUGGCUCGACUUGGAUCACGGCUCUCAGAGACUGAAGUAAAGCAACUUAUGGAAGCUGCUGAUGUUGAUGGAAAUGGUUCGAUUGACUACAUUGAAUUUAUAUCAGCCACAAUGCAUAGACACAAGCUAGAGAGAGACGAACAUCUGCAUAAAGCGUUCCAAUAUUUUGACAAGGAUGGCAGCGGUUAUAUUACCAAAGAUGAGUUAGAAGCUGCAAUGAAGGAGCACGCCAUUGGCGAUGAAGCCAACAUAAAGGAGAUCAUUGCAGAGGUGGACAAAGAUAAUGAUGGAAGGAUCGACUAUGAUGAGUUUUGCACAAUGAUGAGGAGUAAAGCUCAGCAUCCUGGAAAGCUUUUUUAAGUCACAUAGUUUUAAAGCUCUUUGUUGGCAGAAGUACUUUAUUUUUUCUUUCAGGUGAGCUCUGAUAUGUUCCAUAAAUCAAUCUAAAGUAGAAUGAUGAGGAGAGCUAGGGUCCAUAGUAUCUCGGUUUAACGAGUCCAUUUUAGCUCUUGCUCACAUCUCUGCUAUUCUCGUUCUCCUGGAUGAUGUUUGAUUGCUUCUCACUCCGUCUCAUUAUUGCAGUUGAUGCCUGCUCAGGUAUCAUGUAUAUUAUGAUUUGAGCUUUGUUGUGUACCCGACAAUGAAGAGGAAGUCUUAUUUUGCCAUUAGUCUUUGUUGUCCUUGUACCUUAGAUUGGCUAGCGAGUUCUUCUAGCUUCGAAUAUCGCUCAAGACUUUGUGCAUAUGACUAUGCAUCUUUUUUUUAAAAUUAUAUGUACAUUCGGGACGUUGAUUUCUAAUGAGAACCUAAGUUAACCUUUA